GUCGUCCAUCUUCUUCACCGAAAGCCAAGUGCAUGAAACGAGCUCUUAGUACAGAAGUUCCCCAUGGAAAUGGUGAUCUCGUAGUGGAUCAUGAAUCCACCGAUGAGACCUCCAUCGCGUACAGCGGCGAUAUGAACUAUGUAGCGAUAUCGAGCAUUAACUUUUUACAACUUCAGCUAUCCGACUUGGAAUCACCAUUAUGCAAGCUACGCACUCAGUGUCUUUUGCAUCUCGCAAGAUGUAUCACUAUGUUGGUGCCGGAACAACAAAAACCUGUGACGGAAUUAUUGGUCAAACGACUCAAGGUUGAACCUGAUAAGGAUUUGAAGUGCAUGAUCAUUCUUUUGCUGGAAAAGUUUUCUCAAAGACCGAAUAUCAACGCUUUACUCUUGCUAAAAUGCUUUACCGAUGAGCUUCAGUGCGAAUCGAUAAAAGUGCGAUUCCAGUUAUACAACGCCAUCCACAAGAUCUUCAAGGUAACUUUUUUCCUGACAACAAGGAUACAUAGAUACUAAACAAUACGGACGCGCCAUAUCUCAGUUUCGACGAGUAUGGCGCGAUAAGAGCAGUCAUGACAUCCUAUUUACGAUUUAUGAUCGAAUCAUCAAAGACCUGUCUGAUCCACACUUCCGUCUACGAGCGACAUGUAUACGGCUUCUUUCGCUGUAUCCUUUUGUGCUGCAUUCUGACAUGCGAACUUCGAUCGACUUACCCAAAGCCAGAGCAAAGAAAAUUAACCAGAUUGAAAUUCAGAGAUUGAUCAGUACCUUCGUACUCGAUAGUGAUCCUCAUGUUAGAAAAGUAAGCCUCACAGCUCUAUAAUGUACCCACUUUUGGUGUAAUGACAAUAG